UUGACCCUUGAAGCUUUCGUUGAUUGUUAAAAAUCCACGGGUAUCGUGUGUAGAUACACGUGAUGGUAUAUUGAUCGUAGUCAACCGUAAGCCGUAAAAUACCCGAAUUACUCGUUGCAUUGUGUGCACAGAGAGACGAUUGGAUUAUUCUCAAAGUGGGUGUUUCUAAACAAUGUUAUGUAACUGAAAAAAACGUGACGUUAGAAAUGAGUUAUGAAAAUAUAAUAAUUUGACUCCAAUGCACUUGAGAUACCAUAAGAAAGUGGAUAUAUGCUAGGAAAUCGAUAAAAUAAACAGAGUACUAGUAGGAAGCAGACGCAAGGACUAGAGAAAAAGACUUUUCAGUGACUUGAUUCAAUAUGACUAGGCAGCAGGAGAAGCCGAGUAUGAAUGGAACCACCAACGGCCACAUUCCAGCAUCAAAGGAGGAGAAGAAACCUAACAUACUGCAGAGGGUGGCGAAUGGUAUCAUCUGGUUCUUUGAGACAGGGUUUGAAAAGAUUGGCACAUUUAUGGCAACACAUCCUUGGAAGACAAUACUCACCGCAACAGUUAUUGUUGGCCUUUUCUGUAUAGGAAAUAUCAAAUUUGGAGAAAAUGAAGACAACAGUGUGAUCUGGGUGCCAUCGGAUUCGGAGCUUAUGGAACACAAAAAAUAUGUGGACAGUGUAUAUCCAUCAACAACAAGAUUUUUCUACCUUAUUCUUGUUGCCAACAAUGUAAUGGAUCCUACUACAAUGUAUAGUAUUUAUAAUAUCUAUGAUAACAUAACAGCGGUCACUUCAGACUCGGGAAAUGAUUAUUCAUCAAUAUGUUUCAAAUCUAAUGGAAAUUGCCUGGUAACAAGUGUAUUGGAGCUGUGGUCAUACAAUAGUGCUACCAUUGGUGGUCUAAAUGCAGCAACAAUACAGUCAGAUGUAAACACAAUAACAACCAGUCCCAUGUACUCAUCCCCUUGGGAAGCCACAAAGUAUCUUGGAGGGAGAACAACAUCUGGAUCAACAAUAACGGGUGCCAAGGCAGCCUACAUCACCUUUUAUAUUGAUGGAACAAAUGAAAAUAACAAAACAGCUGCAAUUGAUUGGGAGAAAAAGGCUGUGGAAAAGGCCAAGAGUCUUCAGGAAGCAGGAAUCCAGGUGUAUUAUUUUGCAACUGUCAGUCGGAGUGAGGAAGGAGGUGGUGCUAUUUUGAAAGAUGUGACCCUGCUCACAAUUGGUUAUUUCCUAGUGAUUCUUUACCUAUUCAUUGUCUUUGGGAGGCUCAACUGUGUAGAACAAAGGAUUGGUUUAUCUAUGGCUGGCAUUAUUGUGAUUGGAAUGUCUAUAGGAUUUUCCUUUGGAUUAUCCAGUGCUGCAGGUUGGGACUAUGGACCACUUCAUUCCAUUCUGCCGUUCCUACUCCUUGGUAUUGGAGUAGAUGACAUGUUUGUUAUUGUGGGCUCAUACCAGAGUCUCAGUCACCACGAACUCAGUCUGCCCUUACCCCAGAGGAUGGGAAAGUUAUUACGACACGCUGGUGUGUCCAUUCUUGUGACAUCAGUCACUGACAUCCUGGCUUUUGGAAUAGGUGCUACCACAUCCUUGCCAGCUUUGAAAUCUUUUUGUAUUUUCUCCUGUAUUGGAAUUCUUGGUCUGUUUGGACUGUCCACAACCUUUUUUCUGGCUGCGUUUACACUGGAUAUCAUGAGGACUGAGCAGGGCCGCAAUGCCUGUAUCUGUUGUUACAAGCACAAACCCGACUAUAAGCCAAACAACUGCAGUCAGAGAAACCUGUUCAACAUUUUUCUACGCAAAUGCUACACACCUGUUCUAUUGAAGUUACCUGUUAAGAUUGUAGUUGUGGUGAUAUCAGUAGCACUGUUAGGACUAAACAUCUAUGGGUUCUACAGCCUCAAGCAAGACUACAAUGAAAACUGGUUCUUUCCAACUGAUUCUUAUGCCUACGAAUUCUAUGAGAAGAAGGAUGACUAUUUUCCAGGAGGAGGAGCUCGUGCUGCUGUCUACUGCAGAAACAUUGACUAUUUUAAUGGAAAAGCCCGAUUUGAUAAUUUGUACAUGCAGCUGAACAGCAGUCAGUAUAUAGCAACAGGUUCCGUGGACAGCUGGUUCCAUUCCUACACAGCAUGGUUAGGGACUAACCCAGCAGCAGCAUCAGGCAAAGUGGAUGCUUCUUUGUAUCCAACUAAUGAGGCUAACUUUGUGGAUCUCUUGUAUACCUUUGUCACCACGGAGGCUACAGGAAUGCGACAUGCAAGGGAGGUGAUCUUUGACAGCAGCUCAGGAACAAGGGAUAUUACUACAACGUACAUAUCAUAUCAGCACCUGACUUUUAGCACUGCUUCAGAAGAAAUUGUGGCCAUGGAAGCAACAGAGGCAUCUGUCAAUGGGAUUUUCUCAGAGUCUGAAUGCUUCACAUAUGGCAGACUUUAUCUACAGUGGUAUACAAAUAAAGUGAUCAAAAUUGAGCUGUUUAGGAACUUGGGCUUGGCUGCAGCCUGUGUGUUUGUGGUCACCCUGAUCCUAAUAGCCAACCUUUGGACCAGUAUUCUUGUCUUCUCUUGUGUCAUCAUGACCCUGGUGGAUGUAGCUGGUAUCAUGCACUUUUGGGGUCUGUCCAUCAACAUUGUGUCCUGUAUUAACUUUGUCAUUGCUAUUGGUCUGGCAGUGGAUUACUCGGCUCACAUCGGUCACUGUUUUAUGACAUUUGUUGGAGAUAGAAAUGAGCGUGUGAGGGCGACGUUGGUAGAGAUGGGAAACCCAGUCUUCAGUGGAGGUUUCAGUACAUUCCUAGCCUUUAUUCUUCUAGCAGCCGGUAAAAGCUACGUUUUCAUAACAUUUUUCCAGAUAUUUCUUUUGGUGGUGAUAUUUGGCCUAUUUCAUGGACUCGUGUAUCUGCCAGUAUUAUUGUCGUGGAUUGGACCCUCAGCGUACACCAGUGCAGACAGACGGUAUAAAGCUGAUGAUCCGGAAUCCGGAGAGGACAAUAAAGAAUCCAAAUUACAAGGCCAUGAUAACCUUGCCAUGAAAACAACAAUAAGUAAUGGCUAUGUGUCAGAACCUCCUCCAGAUUAUCAACAGACAAAUUUACCUUACAUUCCUCCCCCAGACUACACUCCUCCCACAAAGCCACGGGGACAGGCCAAUGGAAGAACUCCCCAAACAAAUGGCAGGAUUACACCUAUCAGUACAUGAGGGAAUGUUUAAUCUUGCCAAUUCUGUUACAUCUGUGAUAAUUUUUUUGUUAACAAAUGAUGUUAAUUCUAAGAUUACUACAUUGUGCCAGUGAGUUUGCCAGUGUUUUAAGGAGAUUCUUUUAUGUCAUUUUGUCAUGCAUGUUUGUAAUUUUUUAAGUGUAAUGUUGAUUUGUUCUUCUUCUUAGUUCCAUCCGUAACACUACAAAUAUGUAUUAUUGCUCCCUUGUCAAGAUCUGAAUGUGUUACACAUAGACCCAGAAUCUCUCUGGUUUGUAGAGUACUAACGUUAUAUAUGUAUUUAAAUUUGGGACAAUCAAAUCCAAGUUUUUCUACAUGAUCUGAGGUCAUGACACUUUUAGUUUUGUUAUUAACCUUGUUAGUAGGUUCAUGUUCUUGAAUGAAAACCGGUAUAGGAUGCAUAUGUUUUUUUUAUCCUGCUAAGCUGUUGGUAUUUGCCAUUUGUUAUAUUUUAUCAAUAUUUAUUAAUAUGUUAUAUAUCAUUGCUAAUAUAUGCUAUACAGAUAAUUUUAUGCUGGAUUUAUUAGAAAGUUGAUUAAUUUAUAAAUAAUAAGGUAUGCACUUGUAAACAUAUAUACUGUUGUAGAGGUUAGGGGUACAAAUUGUAAAGAUUACAUAACUGUGUUACAUUUUAAAAUUAAGCAUUUCUAGGUAAAAUCUUACAAAACAUAUUAAUGAAAUAGUUUAAAAACCAGAUUAAGUGCCUACAUCAAUUCAUUUUUUUUUUUGUUUAAUUACCAUAAUUUUUUUUGGUUAUAGAUCGUCAAAGAUGUACAUAUUAGAAUUUUGUGCCAUAGUGCUUAUAGUUACCCAAUAUCAGUGUCAGCUUUUUUGAAGAAUCUCAAAGACUGGUUGUAUUUGUAAGGGCUCUGUCCUGCAUCAGUAUUCUGUCCAAUAUUACUUGCCUAAAGUAUAUUUUCUUUCCGUUUCACCCAUUCUGGCUCAUACUUCACCCUGAGAUUGUGUUUGGAUAUAGGGUAAAGAGUGACAUUGAUUCAAGUUUCUAUGGAAAAUGGCAAGGCAUAAGUAGGUCUCUCUGUAAAAUCCUUGUCCAGAGCAUAUCUUCCUCCCUUUAGCCAAAUCUGGCACAAUCUUCAACCACACAGUGCCCCACACAGUGCCCAUGGGUACAAGAGUGUAAAAAUAAAAAUGACCCAAUUUUCUUCCUAAAAGUUCAAGGUCAAAGCAAUUCUCAGUGUACAAUCCUUGUCUAGAGCCAAAAAAAUUUCCUUUGCCCAAUCUGGCUCAGAUGCACUUAGGUCAAGGAAAUGCCGUAACCUUGAUCUAAGUUUCUGUUGAACAGGUCAAGGUAAAAAAAACAGGUCUCUUUGUAAAAUCCUUAUCCAGAGAGUAUUUUUCACCCUUUGACCCAAUCUGGCAAAUACUCAACAACAGACUGUCUUUACUUAAUGGGUUUGCAAAUUUCUAGGUCAAAGUUCAAGGAUGAAGGAUGUCUUUUUUUUGUAAAUUUCUUGUCUGGUAAUAUACCGUAUAAUUUGUGCCUUUUUGGCUAACAAUUCACCCAUAGAGUACCUUGUAACAAGAAUAAGCAGUAUUCAAACAACCAAGUCAAAGGUUUGUGUGCAUUCCAUAAAAAGAAUUGUCUCCAGUUACAGUCCAUUACAAUUCCCCUUUACCCUCAUGUCCUCUAUAUUAACUUAAAGCAGGGGCCAUCAUCUCGAUGAUGUCUUGUCCUAUUUGUUUACCAUUAUUAAAGAGAAGGUACUGCAAAGCUCAUAUUAAUUUACAUGUAUUUACAGUGAUAUUAUAUCUUAUCUGUGAGUAUGUGUAAGGUAUUUGUUAUAACAUAUCAAAGCUAGGAAUUAUACUUUAAAUAUAUCUCAGGAUUUUUCUAGAUCUGUGUUGUCUCAAAAGAAAUUACCAUUCCAGCUGGAGAUCUAUAUAAACUUUGAUGUAUAAGAAUUGUAGAUUAAAAGUAAACAUUGUCUUUCAUAUGUUAUACAAUGAAUGUUGAUGCAUGUGCUUGUGCUUAGCUUUUGGGUCUGGAAUGAAAUAUUUAUUUUCUGUAAGAAGAAACAUGAAAUUUUUGUUUUUGACAUUUUUUAUUAAAAAUCCUAUAAAUGAGUGAAAUUUUAUGUAUGAUCUUUAUGCGUGAACAGUCAUUUCCUGCCACAGUUUUAUGUUGUAAUUCUUAAAUACUAUAGAUUACUAACUCAACAUAGGCAAGGAGUUUAGUAUUUAAUCCAGUCAGAUUUAUUUACAUUUGUUUUAAUGGAAUAAAAAUGUUUUCAAUCAAAA